UAAAUACUAGACCAAAAGAAGCGGCCAAUUCUACUUUCCCAGUUUUAACAUCGCCAUUUUCACCAGUGCAUUCUUUCUCUAAUAUUUUGCUCACCUAUGUAUUUUGCAAUAGCGACAAAAGCGGUUAAGAAUGACCAGUCCAACGCAAGCGAUCUCGAAAAAGGUCGACUCAACUUCAUUCCACUGGCGCAAGCUCCUGGACCCUGAGUUCUAUCCCGAAAUCACCAUUCGGCGCUCGGUGUUCUUUUUCAUAUGGACCAUCCCCCACAUCAUCAUAUGCGCCUAUAUGAACGCUAAUCCCGGCAAGAAGGCCAACUCGCGUGUUUCCAUAAUGAACAGAGUCUCCAUGGCGUGCAGUCUGUUUGAUCUUGCUGCUAUCCUGAUAUUUAUGUCGCCCACCUUUCUGUCGUUGUGCCGCCGCACCUUCCUGCCGAGGUUCAUCACGUUCGAGAAGAACAUUCACGCUCACAAGGUGGCCUCGUACACAAUGCUCUUUUGGUCGAUUCUGCACACUGGUUACUAUUACCACCAAUACGUCCUCCAGACCAAGCCUGGAAUUGCCUCGGAUGGAACACCUAUGCUCACCCCCAUGUUCAUCAAAAAGACGGGCUGGACCGGGCACGUAUUGCUGUUCGCUCUGUUCCUGAUUAUGGUCACCUCUAUCAUCAUUCUGUUCUACUACGUCCAUCACUUGUUCAUUCUGUACAUUGUGAUGAUGUUCAUGCACCACAAGGCAUACAUGACAACCGAUUAUAUCGCUGGACCGCUCGCCCUCUACGUUGUUGACCGUGUGUAUCGCCCCUCCGCAGCGCAUUUGCCAAAUCACCUAUACGUGCCGUCAUCCAGCAUCCCUCGGGGCUGGUCGAGAUUCAGAUGGACAAGAAGAUCUUGGCCACCGUCCGGGCCAGUCUACUGCCCCUCGGUUUCGUUGUUCCAGUGGCAUCCGAUGACCAUCUCCAGCGCGCCCGAGGAGGAACUGCUGACAAUUCACUUCCGCCUUUACGGCGGAUGGACACGGAAGCUUGCAAAGCGCGUUGGCUGCGAGUUUGAAGCCGGUAACAUUUGUGACUUGGCAACUCAGAAGUUGGUGGCCAGCAAGAUUGGAGCGGACGCUGCCGGCAGAAACAGCUCCUACAUCAGCAUCGAUAUGGUGGCCAAGGGCGACAACGCUGUUAUCCGAGAUACGCUUGCGGCCGUUUCAGCAAGCACCGACGACGACGACAAAAACAAGCCGAUUGUUUCCAUCCACGGCAAGGCAGACAUGUCGGCCAACGCGCAAAUGGAAGGCGGAAAUCUUCCAAUGAUCUUUAUUGAUGGUCCGUACUCCAGCCCGACAGAGCAUUUCUUUGACUAUGAGGUCAGCGUUCUGAUUGCCGCUGGCGUGGGUGUUACACCUGCAGCGGCGGAUCUCACAAUGAAGAAGGUGUACUUGUUCUGGGUGUACCGCGACAUUACGACUCUGGAGUGGUUCAAGGACUUGCUCAUUGCGCUCGAAGAGAAAGGCAUGAGCUCCAUUGUGGAGGUGCGCACGUACUACACCGGAAACCUCCCAACAGGCUGCACCCCAGAGCCGUCGCCGGCCGGAGACAGGUUUGGCGACCAGGUCAUCAACUCGGCCAUCGGCACAAAGUCGUACAUUGGCCGCCCGGAUUUCGACGACAUCUUUGACAACGUCGGCGCAAACCAUCCCAAUACCCGCAUUGGUACAUUCUUCUGCGGCCCCAAGCCGAUGGCCCGCAAGACCAGGAGGGAGGCACACAACAGCACUAAGCUUGACUUCCAUGCUGAGGUUUUCUAAGUUUACUCCACACUUUGUUUAAAUAUAUUUUUUAAUUUUUCAUAAAC